AUGGCGGAGAGCGUAGUUAAAACGAACAACAACAUCGCAAAGGUUCCUUAUUGGUGGAAUUCGGAAAUUGAAGCAAAGAGGGGGCACUGCAUAAAAGCGCGCAGAGAAUUCACUAGGAAAAGGCGAAAAUCAGAGGUUACAACGGAAGAACUAAUAGCAACACACGACGCAUACAUCACCAAUAAGAAGGAUCUGAGGCGUCUCAUACACGUAGCAAAAAAAAAUGCUGGGAAGAAGGAAUUGCUGCGCGAAAACCUGAACAAUGACAUCUGGGGAGAGGCAUACCGAAUUGUAACAAAACAAAUGGCUACCACUGGAUCUCCCUGCAGCUUAAGUGACGCACGGAAGGUUCAAAUAGCAAGGGAACUCUUUCCGGAAAGGCAAGAUAUAUGGCUAAGGGAACCCAUCGAGGAUGAUAUAGAUCCUUUCAGUAUAGCAGAGCUUGAAGCGGAAGUGCAAAAGUUGAAGAACGGAAAGGCACCCGACCCUGAUAAUGUCCCGCCAGAAGCAAUAAAGGAGCUACUAACGUUGAGACCAGACUUGUUGCUGAGCCUGUUGAAAAAUUUGCUUAGGGAACAUUACCUAGAAAACAGGACGAUAAAGGUAGCCAAGGAAGAACUUCCCAUGACCACAGGUGUUCCCCAAGGAUCCGCUUUGGGCCCACUUCUGUGGAACAUCUUUUAUGAUGGAAUUCUGAGGAUCCAUACGCCAAAUGUCAGAGCCAUCGGAUUUGCGGAUGAUCUCGCGUUAGUAGCCACGGCAACGAGCGACAUUGCCCUGAUGGAUACAGUAAAUAAAGCACUAGCAAAAGCAGAUCAGUGGAUAGAGGAGCACCACUUGACUUUGGCUCCAGAGAAAACAGAAGCGGUUGUACUUCGCAGAGACCGAAUUCGAAGGAAAAGCACUCAUGGUCGGAAAAAGAUCACCUUUAUACCGGAUGAUGGGAUAAACAAAUCAUACGUGAGGAAGAUCCUAGAGUACGAGUUUCACAAAGCGGACAUCGAGGUAAACUUGAUGACAGCCAGAGGAAAAGACCGAGAGCACAGCAGACCCUGGUCAAGUAAAACACAAGCCCAAUCUCAAGCGGUGAUCGUUAAGAAAGGGGGCCGGCAGUACGCCGAUCUCCUAAAGACAGUGAAGAAGAAUAUCGAUUUAGGGAAAAUCGGUGUCAAAGUCAGGAACAUAAGAGAGACCGCAAGAGGAGACCUACUGCUGAACGUGGAAGGGGGUGGUGAGAAGGCAGACUCCCUUAAAAAAGAAAUUGCCGCCCAGCUCAAGGAUGUAGGUGUCUCCAUAUCCACUGUACACAUCAGCGAUAUAGACCCUACAGUCACCGAGGAGGAGAUCGAGGAAGCAAUUUACGAGGCAACCCAAGUAGACAGAGCAGCACCAGUAAAGGUGUUGAAUAUGAGGCCCACCAGAGAUGGAAAUAGAAUUGCAACCGUCAGGUUAUCAAACCAUAUGGCGGAAGUCCUAAGCAACAGAGGCAAGCUGAUGAUACGCUGGGUGGCAUGCAGAGUCCGUUAG